AUGGUGGAGAUCGAUCAGGCCUCUUAUUUCCCAUACAACCAGAACAUGCAGGAAAGACGUCUGGACUAUGUUUGCACCCGCCGACUUCUCGCUGACACAGGCGCAGUGCUACCGUACCGUGACCUUGCCAGGAGCGACCAUGAAGCCAUCGUGGUCCCGAUCCUGACCGAGGUCCCCAAAGCGAAGCCUAGCCCGCAGAAAACAUGGGGGACACGCAGGCUGAAGGCCCCAACAAAGGUAGCUGAGAUGAUGGCAACCUAUGAGGUCACAGCCACCGACCCUAUAGAGCUCAUCGCCAACAUUGCUCGACUGAUCACCGCCCUGAAAGUUCUCGAGCAGGACGACUAUUGGCGGGGACAACUCCUUCAUGUUUUCAAUGACAUGUUGUACACUGCCAGAAUCCCUGCCAACAUCGAGAAUGGGAUCACGGUCUUGCUUGCAAAAAUGCCCUCACCGGGGGACUGGAGCGAUACACGGCCUAUCACCCUCAGCUCGACUCUCCUCCGGUCUUUCUCACAGCUGAUCAUCGGCCGUGCCUCCCACUGCGUGCAGGGGGACUCCCGACUCCAGUGGGCACGUCGUUCGCGCCAAGGUGUGGAACUGAUCUUGGUGAUUCGUCGACUCUGCAGAGUGGCGCACGACUGGGGACUUCCCAUGUAUCUGGCAAAGCUUGAUAUUCGCAAGGCUUUCGACUCUAUAUACCAGGAAGCUCUUGCAGAACAGAUCGAAGAAGAUGUCAGAUCGUCGCUCUUGACCUGGAACGAUCCAUCGAUGAGGUUGUUUUAUGGACGACAGCUAUCUGUGGUCUACCUCUGCUCGGCAUUUACAGGCAAUGCUGGACAG